CUCAUACUUUGCACUCACAACUUGUAACGUUGUUGUCUCUCCAAGUUCGGAUGCAUUUGAAUAUUGAGAUGAAGCAAGUCCAGCAGCAUCACGAUGUUCCACGUCACCAAGGGGCAUACAAUGUUCUCACGAGUCAAAUUUUGCUUUAUAUCACUUCACUGUCCUUGCACAUUUGAUUCUCCUCAUAUCAUUGCAUUGCUUCUUCUUACAUCAUUGCAUUGCUGUCUAUCUGCUUUUAUGCUGAAUAUCCAGCCCUCUGGAAGAAUCUGGUGUCUCCUUUUCGUCUCUGAGGAAAUAACAAAGGAAAUCUGAGUCUCGAUCACAUCAAUCCAGACGAAGCCGGAAACUCGGGAGAGAAAAUAUGGGUCUCCAUCACAUCGAUCCAACCGAAGCCAGAAACA